GCGCACGCCGACAGCCGCGACGUGCUGACGCCGGAGGAGAUGGUGCAGCUGCGUCAAGAGUUUGUGGAGGAGCUCGCGAACCCUGCUUUGGCCAAGGAGAGAAAAGUUGCAAAGGCAAAGGCUAGGCACCGCGCGGGGUGGAAACCUCCGGAGGCGCCGCAAUCUCAGGAGGAGUACCGCUUUGAUUUCGGGAAACAUUCUGGUUCCACCUUGAGGAGUGUGCUUCAGGAGGACCCUGGCUACCUUGAUCGGUUGAUGAGUUGGAGGAACAACAUCCUGGACCAGAAGCUGACAUUGAGGUGUGCUCUUGAGAAGGAGGGCCUCCUCGAGGGGCUCCUGGCGAAGAGGCCCCAGCUGAUGGUCGAGAGAGCGCGGGGGGUGAUCGCGAAGGCGGCGGAGGACAAGGACAAGCCCCUGCAUCCGGAAAUCGCCAAGUUGCGGGUCGCGCAGCACAUCGAGGCCACCGAAAUCUUGGCCAUGCAUUCCAGCGAGACUGCCGUGGCGGCGCUUGCAGCGCCCCCGCGGGACCAGCAGCAGAAGAGAAAACGAGUGUCGGCAGCCAGGUACCUUCUCCCGCACUGUUCCAGAUGUGGGAGCGUGGAGCACAAGCGGCCGCAGUGCCCGAACAAAUCGCUGCAGGGCGAGGUCGUGGAGGACUGCCGCAGCCAGGCCGUCGUGGAUUACAUGCGGAACCGCCGAUCUGCUGCACUUGUCGCCAGGCUGAAGCACGCGCAAAUAUCUAUCAGAACGCGGGGGUACGAAGAGAGGGCGAAGAAGAUGGCGAGGGCCCCGAUUGACACGGACUUUGUGCAAAUGGCACGGUGGUCCCCAGAAGAGUUCGUCCACUACCUCGUGUCCGCUGGCAUUUUGCACGACUUGAAAGGGACGCCGUGCCCGCGAGGGAAGUGCCAAUCCUCCAAGAAGUCGAGCUUCCUCGAGGGCGCCGAGAAGGAGCUGGGCCAAUUGCGAUGCAAUGCUGAAAAGGGGCAGGAUAUUAUCAUUGAGACUGCGUGGCACGCGUGUUGUGGCGUGUGCCGCGUGCACCAAUCCGUGGCUCUGCACAAUCCGUUGUUCUCUGGCCUGCUUGGGAAGGGCAGCAAGGGCGUGUCGAUGUGCGUGAUGGCGUGGUGGCUAGCCGCUGAAGGGGUCCCUGAGUCGGUGGCAGUGCGGCAGCUCAAUAUCCAUGAGGGCGUCGUGCAAGGCGGGUUCAAAGUCGGGGGCGCGGUCGAGGUGGAGGUCGAUGCCACGGUCAUUUGCAAGUGGAAAGCCGAGGAGAACGCCGAGCUGACGCAUUCAUAUUACUGUUUCAUUGGCAUUCGCCAGCGAGGUAGCACGUCCCACUUCGCCAUGAUGCCGCUGGGCGCGUAUCACGCUUUCUGCAAGGAGAUCCUUGGCGACCGCAAGUACAAUCUGCUGCUCGUGACAGACGGCGCGGGCUGCUACAAGUGCCGCUGCUCGGAUUGCGUCGUGCGGUUCGAGGAGCACCACAGCGCGAACCACUCCAGGAAGCCGAAGGCCGAGUUUUCCCGGCCCAUCCCCGCGGUCGUCGCCGACGUCGACACGGGCCACACGAGGGGAUCUAUGGCUGGCACGAUGACGAUCGACAAAGAAUGGGAUCUUCUCAAGGAGCCUUUGCCACGGAACCUGACUGCCCGCACUGUGGAGGACGUCGAUAGGACGGACGGCUUCGUGAGGUCUCAGCAAUGGCGGCGCUUGGUCGGCAACGACGAUCGAUGGUCGGCUUUUCUCGACGCAGCCAGGGAGUGGGCGAAAUGCGCCGAUUCCAGUGCGAAGCUCAAGCUGGGUCUGGCAACGGGGAAAGCGGGCAAGUUGGCUCUGGCAGCGGGGAAGCGCUUGGCCGCCGAAGCCAACCCAGCAGAUCAUCGGGAGGAGCGCAGCAUUCCCAAGAGGCACCCGCACGCCAUCGCGACGGGCAUGCCGACGGCCGCGGCCCCGAGCAUCGUGACGGGCUGGUUCUCGGACGGCGACUUGGAGGUGGCGCGCGGCAUUGUGGUGGCUCAGACAGAUGAUCCCCCCGACCUUCACGUGAGCGAUGGAGGAUGGUACUCCCACUCCGUGCUGGCGACUGUUCUGGAUUCCCACAACGACCGCGUGUGGCACGUAGACAGCCUCCGUGAACCCGCCAUUCUAGACGAGGCAGCCUUCGGCAGGGCGCUCCGGAGGCAUCCGAUGGCGUUUCCCAUCGUGACCAAUUCAUACCAGGAGUGA